AUGCAUAAGGAAUAUUCUGCAUCGUAUUCUCCUGUCAACAAUUGUAACGACAUGAACCUUCUUGAUAACAAUACAGAAACAAAACCUCCUCCAAAAUCCCGUCUCCUUCGCUGGUCGCCAUGGCUAAGCCACGGUGUGCUGAUAUCCAUAACGAUGGUGUUCUUCGUGCUAUGGGCGCGGGCGCCAUCGAUCGAUGACAUAGUUCUGUACUCUCCAGCAAACGAGGCGAUUGAAUCCAUCGGCAUCAUAAGAUUCAAUGGAACUCUGGGCACCCCUUCUAUAUAUCGUGGCAGCCCGUCUCCAGAAAUCGACGCCGCUUGGAAUAGGAUAUCUUUUGAUGUGCGUCCAGUUCGUAUGACGCUUGAGCAACUGCUCAGAACUGGGGAGAAACCUUCUCCGGUCAUGGUUAGGUAUCCGGACGAAUAUGGUGGAGGUUACAUGGCAACGGUAGAGGUCAUUCACCAACUCCAUUGCGUAGACAUGCUUCGCAGAGUCAGCUGGGGCGACUAUAAUAAUUCCUCAGGUCAUAACUUCCACGAAUCCCCCGAAAGCUUCCGCAUUCAUCUCGACCAUUGCAUCGAAAUGCUGAGGCAGAUUAUUAUGUGUCGUGGGGACGUGACAAUGCUCACUUAUGACUGGGUGAAGGGAGUGAAAGAUCCUUUUCCUAACUUCAACAUUCCUCACCGAUGCAGAAACUUUGAGAAGGUCUUGAAUUGGGUUGAUGAACAUCGUGUUUUUGUCCCUAAAUCCAAAGUGGUCCGCUUAGAGGAUAACGUGGACCUGUCUUCCCCUCCUUGA